AUGAUUCCGCUCUGCGGUAUACGCUCUAUCAGAGAACCAACCCUUCAAAUUCUUAAACAGCCUGAAGCUGUCGCCGAAGCGCAAGACGCAUCACCGAGUUUGACCGGGGCGGUCUGGAACGAGCAGUGCACCGUUUCGAACUCGCCGCAUUGCGCGCAUCCGAAAUUCUCGACCGUCGCGGGGGCGCACCGAGCGAGCCGCCGUCAAAAGGGCUCGCGCUCGGCGCCGUUCGGUGGCGCAAUCCGAUCAGCUACGACCGACGUCUCGAGUAGCGGGGGCGUUCCGGCGGCUCGCCGUCACUGCUGCGGCGACCGGGACUGGGGAGUGAAGGAAGCGGCGGCGGAGGCGGCGGAGGAACGGAGCGGUUUGCUGAUGGUGGGGCCUCCGUAUUCGCAGAAGUGGGGUUACGUUCGGAUCAUUGCCGGGACCAUCCUCGGCGGCGUCCUGGGUUUCUACGUCAUGCACCGCGUCGAGAUCAGCUACAAGGAGAAGAUGAAGGAGAGAUUGCGGCAGUACGAGAUAGAAAUGGAGAGGAAGCAGCAGCAGCAGAAGAUGAAUGAACUUGAAGAUUCUGCUUAGUUCGAUCCUCGUUCUUUCCUUUUUUUUUAAUAUCCUUUUAGCUCUUUUUUGACUGAAUGAAUUAAUUGAGGACAGUCUUUUGUAUCGUAACCAAAUGUGAAGCUCAGUUUCGGGUCUUCGAUCUUUCUUUCGCUUCUUUUCGUUUUUUUGUUUCUGGGAAUCACGCAGGCUAAGAGGAAUUGUCAUUUCAUGAAGUGAAUUUUGAUUUGGACUGAAUGUGCUUAUUUCCCAUGUUUAAUCAUCUGGUUUCGCCUCUUAAA